AUGGAACUCUCCUUCCUUGCCAUUGCUCUCGCCGCCAUGGUUUUCGUAACGACGGUCCUGCGAUUCAGGCAGAACCGCAAGUAUAGUCUCCCGCCAGGCCCUAGGCCGUGGCCGGUCAUCGGGAGCCUGAACCUGCUCGGCCCGCUCACUUACCGCUCCCUCCACGAGCUCUCCCUGCGGUAUGGCCCGCUGAUGUCCGUCUGGGUGGGCUCUGUCCGCGUCGUUGUCGGCUCCUCCGCCGACGCCGCCCGGAUGCUCCUCAAGAGCAACGACGAGGCGUUUAUCGACCGGCCUAGGCUCAACAUUGGCAGGUACCUGUUCUACAACUACUCCGACAUGUUCUGGGCGCCCUACGGCGCGUACUGGCGCCAAGCGCGCAAGCUCUGGCACACCGAGCUCCUCAGCGAGAGGCAGCUCAAGCUGCACGAACAUGUCCGCCGCGAGGAGGUGAAGGCCAUGCUGCGCGACCUGCACGCGGCCUCAUCAAUGGGGCGUGCGGUGGCAUUCAGGGACCACCUGCUCAUGCUCAACCUCAACGUCGUCUCCCGCAUGGUGAUGGGCAAGAAGUACGUCGCGGAGGGGGGCAGCUCGGUGACGACGCCGGAGGAGUUCCGUUGGAUGAUCGUCGAGCUGUUCGUUCUCACCGGCUCGCUCAACAUCGGCGACGUGAUCCCCUGGCUUAACCCGCUGGACCUACAGGGGUACAUUGGUAGGACGAAGAGGCUCAGCAGGAUGAUGGACAGGUUCCUCGAACACGUGCUGGACGAGCACAUCGAGCGUCGUCGGCGCGAGGGUGAUGGCUUUGUGGCGAAGGACAUGGUUGACCUGCUGCUGCAGCUCGAUGAAGACCCGGACAUGGAGGUCCGCAUCCAGCGGGACGGUAUCAAGGCAUUUAUUCUGGUACAUACUACAUAUCAAGCCAUUUAUUCACAUUAA